AUGGCUCAAAAUCCACAAGUCAGUAUCCCAAUGUCAGAAUCCAGUACAAAUGGCAUCCCAAGCAAGAAUUUGAUGAAAGCCACCACUGUCAGCUUUCACAACAUUUGCUAUAGAAUGAAGACCAAGAGUGGCUUUAUAGAUUGCCGAAAAACAGUUGAGAAAGACAUUUUGAGAGAUAUCAAACUACUGGAUAUUUUAGCUGCACGGAAAGAUCCUCAUGGCUUGAGUGGCGAUGUUCUAAUCAAUGGAGCUCCUCAGCCUGCCAAUUUUAAAUGUAUAUCUGGAUACGUUGUACAGGAUGAUGUGGUGAUGGGGACCUUGACCGUGAGAGAGAACUUCCAAUUCUCAGCUGCCCUCCGAUUGCCAAAGACUGUGAGGGAGCAAGAAAAGAAGGAAAGGGUUGACCAGAUACUCAAGGAGCUGGGAUUGACAAAAGUGGCCGAUUCAAAGGUUGGAACCCAGUUUAUUCGUGGUAUAUCAGGGGGAGAGAGAAAAAGGACGAAUAUCGGAAUGGAGCUUAUUACUGAUCCUGCAAUCUUGUUCUUAGAUGAACCAACUACUGGAUUGGAUGCUAGCACAGCCAAUGCUGUACUGCUUCUCUUUCAAAGGAUGGCCAGGCAGGGAAAAACAAUAAUCUUUUCCAUCCAUCAACCUCGCUACUCUAUCUUCAGACUGUUUGAUAAAUUGACCUUACUGGCUGCAGGAAGAAUGCUCUAUCAUGGACCUGCUCAGAAUGCCCUAGAAUAUUUCAGAUCUAUUGGUUAUGAGUGCGAACCAUACAACAAUCCUGCUGACUUCUUUCUGGAUAUCAUUAAUGGAGACUCAACAGCUGUGGCUUCGAACAAAAAUGAUGAAAUUGAUAUAGAUACCAUUGACGAACGCACCUGUCACAAUAAGUCAUUGGCAGAGAAAUUAGCAGAGAAGUAUUCCAGUUCUGCUUCCUAUGAAGAAACCAAAACAGAAUUAGAAAAGCUGUCCUCGGGGAGCCAAAAGGAGACCACUUGUCGAGAAAUCACCUACUCUACUUCCUUCUUUCACCAGCUCAAGUGGCUCUCUAAACGGAUGUUCAAAAAUCUGCUAGGCAACCCACAAGUCUCCAUAGCACAGCUAUGUGCUACCAUUUUCCUGGGAUUAGUCGUAGGUGCCAUAUUCUUUGGAAUGACAGACGAUGCUAGUGGUUUGCAGAAUAGGCUUGGUGCCAUAUUCUUUAUGACCAUCAACCAGUGUUUCAGUAGCAUUUUCGCUAUUGAACUUUUUGUUGUGGAGAAGAAGAUAUUUAUACACGAGUACAUCAGUGGAUACUACAGAAUUUCUGCAUAUUUCUUCUCAAAGCUAAUAGGCGAUUUAAUACCCAUGAGGACUUUACCGUGCAUUAUUUUCACGUGCAUUGUUUAUUUCAUGUUAGGUCUGAAACCAACAGCAAAGGCCUUCUUUAUAAUGAUGUUUACUCUGAUGCUGGUAUCUUAUACAGCUACUUCUAUGGCGCUAGCUAUUGCCACAGGACAGAGUGUGCUGGCUGUAGCUAAUAUACUCAUGACCAUCACCUUUAUUUUUAUGACUAUUUUCUCUGGAUUGUUGGUAAAUCUCACCAGUAUACUGCCUUGGCUUUCUUGGCUCCAGUACUUCAGCAUACCUCGAUAUGGGAUGACAGCACUGCAGUUUAAUGAACUUACCAAUCUCAAGUUCUGCAACUUAAACGCAAAUGAAAAUUGGAGCAAUUCUAACUGUUCGGAGGUUACCAAGUUACAGAUGUGCACUGGAGAACAAUAUCUGAAAAGCCAAGGGAUCGAAGCAACUGCAUGGGGCCUGUGGCAGAAUCACAUUGCACUUGCUUGCAUGAUGAUAAUUUUCCUUACAAUUUCAUAUAUCAAGUUACGGUUCAUGAAAAAAUUCUCUUAAAGACAAGUCUGUGAUCCAGACUUCCCUGGGGAUGUCCUAAGUAGAAGAGUUGGAGGCAUGACUAUUCUCUUAAGUCUUUUUUUCUUGAACACGUAAUGGAAAAAACCAGUAUUGCAAAAUAUCUGCAUUUAUAGUACACCUAAAUAUUAUUUUUCUAUAUUGACAUACUUGUUUGUGGCACGUCUACCCUAAGCAGCCAAAAGUCUGAGCAGUUUGGCAGGAUCCAAUCAAGACUGAGCACUUGCAAGCUCUGUAGAUAUAGGUGGGAGAGAGUUAAUCAUGUGCUUAAUUCUCCCAUAGAAACCAAUGGGAUAUAAAGUGCUUAAGUCCAAAAGGAUCAAUAUUAAUUAAAAUGCAGAACAGUUUUAAGAGGCAUUGUCAUGAACCAAUGCAACUUAGGAGCAAGAAAGUUGGUUUUCUAAAACUAAGCUCUUUUUAUUCACAGGAUUAUAGAAUACACCUUCUGCUACUGCUUAGAUGGCACUUCUGGUGUGUUCAGAACAUGUCACACAGAUUAGCACUAUGCAUAUGAACCUCCUCAUGUGUUCAGUGUAUGACUGGAAGGAGCAAGGAACAGGACUGCAUUUGCAGAUCUCAUUCCCCGCAUUAUGUGUUUCACCGGCCCUGGUCCCCGUUGCAUUUGGCAUGAUGUUUGAAAAGGGGAAAUAUGUGCUUGUAUACACACAAGCCUCCCUUUUCAGACACUACACAAAACAUGUGGACUUGGAGACGGGGGUGGGGGCUUCCAUGUGUUCAUUGAAUGUGGGGAUGAAGUGUCAUGUGAAACCCCCUUGGUUAAGUCAGUAAAUUGGUUAUGCCCAACUGCACAGGUUAGGCUCUUAACAUCAAGGUUUGUUUUAGUGUUUAAGAAAGGCAGCUUUGAAAGAGGGUAGAUUGUGGAAAGCGGGGAGGAGAACGGGCAUUCAUCCUUUUCCUCACUCCAGAUCACCUCCUUCCCUGAAUGGCUUCCUAUCCACAGAGUUUCGCAUCAGCUUGCCCACUCAUACCAACUGAAAACUAUUAUUUCAUUGCAAUGUUCUCUUUUAUGUAGUAUCUUAUUUCUAACUCCACCCCAAAUAGGAGCCAGUCAAUUAAUUAGGAUACCUCUAAUUUAAUUUAGAAAUGCCUAUAUUUAGGGCAUCAAAUGAGUGGAAAGGUUUUGUAUACAAAUUCUGACUAAACAGCUGAAAAAUGCUUAGUGUGGUGUAGUGGUUAGAGUGUUGGACUACGACCUGGAAGACCAGGGUUCAAAUCCCUGCUCAGCUAUGAAGCCCACUGGGUGACCUUGGGCCAAUCACUGCCUCUCAGCCCCAGGGGAAGGCAACCCCCUCUGAAUACCGCUUACCAUGAAAACCCUAUUCACAGGGUUGCCAUAAGUCAGGAUCGACUUGAAGGCGGUCCAUUUCCAUUUUAUUAUAUAUUUCAUAUAAAGGACUAUGUUGAAGUGCAGUCAGACACCCAGUAUAAUUCUUUUGAUUUUUAAAAAAACAAGUAUUUCCUGUCUGUUUUGUAGUCUCUGUGGCCCACUCUGAGUUUAGGAUGAGAACAGAACCUCAUGAGCUGAGAUAGAUGCUGCAUGGUUUACAGCUCUAAGAUCUCGCCUCUCCCUGACCCUCCGCCACCUCUAUCCCUGGGUGGGUUGAGGUUCUUGCUUAAGAUUGUGAGCCAUGGGGAACAAAGGCAGACUGGGUCUGUUAUUUUAUACUGGUACAGCAUCUUGUUUCUGUUGAU